AUUUUUUUUCUAUGGCUGUUUCAGCGUGGGUGAGUUGUGUGGCACCUCUCCCUUCUCGUAAACUCUCAAAUUCAUCUCUAAAUUCUGUCCUUAAACCCAUAACUAUCAUCGGAAAUCCUUCCACUUUCGUAUCUGCGCCUGACCGUCGUAUCAUUGCAGUUGGUGAUUUGCAUGGUGAUCUUGCUCAAGCAAGGUGUGCACUAGAAAUGGCUGGUGUAUUGAGUUCGGAUGGCCAAGACUUGUGGACUGGCAAAGAAACGGUAUUGAUUCAACUCGGAGAUAUUCUUGAUCGAGGAGAAGAUGAAAUAGCUAUCCUGUCUCUAUUAAAGUCAUUGAGUAUUCAGGCAGAAGCUAAUGGCGGAGCUGUCUUUCAGCUAAAUGGAAAUCAUGAGACCAUGAAUGUAGAAGGUGAUUUUAGAUACGUUGAUCUUGGGGCACUUGAAGAAUGUAUAGAUUUCAUGGAGUACUUGAAUGAGUUCGAUGAUGAUUGGGAGAAAGCUUUCAUUGGUUGGAUUAAUGUGUCUGAAAGGUGGAAAGAAGAACGGAGGAUGUCCCAAAGUCAUUGGGGUCCUUGGAAGCUGAUGAAGAGGCAAAAGGGGGUAAUUGCAAGAUCAUCCCUUUUAAGGCCAGGGGGCUUGUUGGCAUGCGAAUUGGCACAUCAUGCUGUUGUUCUUAAAGUUGAUGAUUGGGUGUUCUGUCAUGGUGGUCUUCUUCCUCAUCAUGUUGCAUAUGGCAUAGAGAGGAUGAACAGGGAAGUGUCCAAUUGGAUGCGGGGGUUCAGUGAGAAUAGCAAUAGUCCUGAAAUUCCUUUCACAGCUACUAGAGGUUAUGAUAGUGUUGUUUGGAAUCGCUUGUAUUCAAGAGAUACUGUUGAUAUGGACUAUCGGCGUUGCCAGAUAUGUUCCAUUCUUGAAGAGACACUAGAAGCAGUAGGUGCCAAGGGGAUGGUAGUUGGCCACACUCCUCAACCUGAAGGUAUAAAUUGCAAAUGUAACCAUGGCAUAUGGCGAAUUGAUGUUGGAAUGUCCAGUGGUGUCCUGAAUUCAAGACCAGAGGUUCUUGAAAUUGUAGACAAUGAAGUCAGAGUCAUAAAGAACAAAAGAGAUGCCCUUGGUGGGGUGGAUGUUUUGGACUGCAUAUGAAACAAGUAUACAACUGAUAUAAGCCCCUGUUUCCAUAUAUUGUGGUCCACUAGAUGAGCUGAAGGGUGUGAUUGUUGGGCUAGAGCAUCUAUACAUUGGAGGCCUCCUAAUGGAUGGCGUGGAUUUUGCAAAUGUUUGUCACGUUGAGACAUGUGGGUGCAUGUACAAGGGUUGGAAUAUGCACAUGGCAUUAUCAAACCUCUGUAUUUUUGAAUUUUCUGUUAUGUUGUUUUCUGAUUGAAUCAAGAGACUGAGUUUGGCUGUGUUGAAUUACCCGUUUUAUACUUCUGUACUUCCAAAGAACCUGACAUAUUGUACACAGUGAAUGUGAGUUAGAAAUUCAGUGUGGGCUACUUGAAAACUCCUCCAA